AAUAGAAGCUGCGAUUGUAUACAAAUGUGAGAAACUUUUUCAAAGUAGAAAAAUACCCCAAAAAUACUCUAUCCAAGCUGAAAUUACCAAAAUAUGCCUAAGCCGACGUGCGUUCAGUGCAGUACAAACGAUUCUUUACUUUGGCGAAGCGCUGAAAAUGGGCAAAUAUGCAACGAGUGUCACCUAGUGAACACUGCGAGCAAAGAGACCAAGCCGGAGGCGGCUGUGAAACUCGAGCACGAUGUGAAGGAAGAAAAAGACGACGGUGACAGUAAGAGCGGGAAGAACGAGUCGGAGUCCACUCCAGCGAAGGCUACAGGGAAGGGAACUAGAAAGAGUACGCGAUCGACGCGUUACAAGCCAAAGACGCCAGCGCCCGCGCCCGCCAAGCCGCCGGCGCCGCGCGGCCGCGGCCGCCGGAGCAUCUUCAAGCGGCAGCCCGUCAAGGCUCCCACCGCCACCGCCACUGUUGUCACAAGCGAUUCAGUAUUUUAUCAGGGCUCGUACAUGCAAGUAGGAGACAUAGUGUCAGUGACGGACCUGGAAGGGGACAUAUACUACGCACAGAUCCGCGGCUUCAUGACGGACCAGUACUGCGAGAAGAGCGCCGUGCUGACCUGGCUACUGCCCACCAAGGCCAGCCCACCACCUGAGAAGGGAUUUGAUCCUGCUACUUAUAUUAUUGGACCUGAAGAAGAGCUUGCUCGGAAACUUGAUUCAAUGGAGUUUGUGAUGCACGCACCCUCAGACUACUACAAGGCCAGUAAUAGUCCGUACCCACUCAUUGACAGUGAAGUCAACCACUACACUGGAUACAUCUGGACAUCACUCGAGGCUAAGGAGAGAGGGUCUUAGCGAUAUCAUCUGUUUAAGGUUAUUUUUGUAUUACUUAGUUAUAAUGUGUUAAAAAUAUGACGAUAA